ACUGAACCCUCAGAAUCUUUGUCAUCACCGAAAAUAGGAUAUCCAUGCAAUGGCAAAGAUGAUCGCAAGUUCACUUUUUCUACUGCUUGGUGCUCUUUCUUUCAUAGCAAUGAUCCAAGGCCAGGAUCAAUCAGGAUUUAUUAGCAUAGAUUGUGGGCUACCUGACAAUUCCAUUUACACUGAAAAGAACACCGGAAUCAAUUACAUUUCAGAUGCUAAUUUCAUUGAUUCUGGUGUGAGUAAAACUGUGUCGCCCCAAGAUAAGACUACUGAUCAACAAUAUUUUGAUUACCUUCGGAGUUUUCCUAAUGGAAUAAGAAAUUGUUACAGCAUAAAUGUAACAAGUGUUAAGAGAUAUUUAAUCAGAGCUAGUUUUUUGUAUGGAAACUAUGAUGGUCUUAAUAAGCUUCCAGAGUUUGAUCUUUAUCUUGGAGUUCACUUUUGGGAGACGGUAAAAUUCACAGAUUCUUCAGUCAGCAUAAACUAUGAGCUCAUCCACACUUUAUCGCUGGAUUAUAUCCAAAUCUGCUUGGUUAACAAAGGCACAGGGACACCAUUCAUUUCAGUUAUAGAAAUGAGGAUUUUGGGCAAUGUGGCCACUAGUUAUGUCACUAUAGAGUCAUCUACAUCAUUGGCACGAUUCCAAAGGUUGUAUUUUAGUUCUUUCACCAACUUAAUUUACAGGUAUCAAUAUGAUCCUUAUGACCGGAUAUGGGAGCCUUAUUGGGACGACAAAUGGAGACUAAUAAGCAGCAACUAUAGCAAUCAAGCCCUUGAUCAGGAUUCCUUUAUUCCACCAGCAGUUGUGUUGGAGACUGCAGCCACAUCAAUAAAUGAUACUGCCUCAUUAGAGUUCCAUUGGGACAAUGAUGACAAUAAAACUCAGCACCAAUACUAUUUCUACCUAUAUCUCACGGAGCUUCAGCAGUUGGGUGCAGAUCAAACAAGAUCAUUCAAUAUCAACAUGGAUGGUGAGACUUGGAAUACACUUGAAUCACUCCAAUACGGAAAAGUAUACACCAAACAUGUUAGAGGACUUUCCUCUGGAUGCAAAAAGUGUCGCAUUUCACUUAUUCGGACAGAAUCUUCUACCCUUCCACCCAUUAUCAGUGCUCUUGAGAUUUAUUUAGCAAAGAAUUUCUCAUCACAGUCAGAAACCAACAAAGACGCGGAAUUUGGCAAACAACAACUUAACAGGUUCGGUUUCAAACGAACUCCUUCAAAAACAAAGUGA